UUUCAAUCAAAACUGAUCGAAAACUGAUCAAAUUAAAUCAGUUGAACACGAAACAUCAUCGCUUAUGAUUAACCAGCAAUCAAACUAUGGAAAGUUAAUUGUACCAUCAAGUGUAUUCAAGUUUAAUCAAACAAUUUACCAACAAUAAAAUCUACAUUCUUACUUCGAUAUACAACGAAUGAUGUUCUGAAGAAAAAAAAGUUUUCUUCAUCAUCUUCAUCUCUUCUUCCUCUCUCUCUCCCCUAAUUUUUCAUCUUCCUCUUGAAAGAAAAACUUUUUUUCGCUUCCAACUGGCCCCUUGAGGCGCUUUUUAUUGACCAUAGAAAAAAAAGUAACAUAGUGAGAGAGAGCCAAAGAUUAGCCCCUUUUUACCUGGACAAUCACUUUCAACCCAUCAGUUUAUCUGUGUCCAUCGACCGAUGUCCAUCUUAUCUUGAGCAAAGUAAAAACCCAAAGUUUUUUUCAUCUUCCUCUUCACCUUUAUGACCGCAAUCAUCUACUCACUAGACUUUUCCAGAAUAUUUGUCCAUCAUCAUCAGUUAUGAAUUGACCGUCGCAUCCUCAUCACCAGUUUCCUAAUCAUCAGAAUCUUUUUUUAGAAAGCCAAUUGUUGCUUAAUCAUAACAAAUAUCCCAACAAUCAACUAAACUAAAUCAUAAUCUUUUCUAUGAUUUCGAUCAGCAAAGAUUGAACUUUUUUUUUUCUUGUGUCACUUUCUCCUCUGUGUUUGUGUUUUUUUUCGUGAUUGAUUAAUUAACUUUAAUCAAAUCACUUUUACAUCCAUCAAUCAUGAGAUUACGCCAUAAUUAUUUACUUAUUAGUCUUAAUUGUUUGACUGUUUUAUUGAUUGUGAAUUUAAAUUGUGUCUCAUCGAGCUCACUUCCAGUAAAUAAACUUGUCAAUGAAGCUUUAAAACGGCAACAACGUGAAGCCCUCGCCGAAGCGGCCUCCGAAUCAACAACUGAACUAAGUGAAGAUUCAGAAUCGGAUUUAGGUCCAUCCGGAUCAGUUAACAAAGUAACAACAAUUAAACCAACAAACUUGUCAUCAACCAAUUCAACUAAUCAUAAUAAAAUUGAUUGGGAUGAAAUUGAAUCAACUUGGUAUGAAUUUAAAGACGAUGAAGAGGUGACCAAAAAGUGGAAUGACAUGGAAAAUGGAUUAAAAAAAGGUGUGAAAGCCGUUCUCAGGUCAAUUUUCCCUCGAAUCGUUUCAAUGUCAUCAGAUACCAAAGUUUCGGGUAACUGUUCAGCCGGUAUAUUGAAAUGGUUAAUUUCGUUACGAAGUCUCAAAGAUUGGUCAAUAAAGAUGUUGGAUGCCAUUGGUAAGCCAUCGGCCGGUUUAUUGGAAGGUCAAGUUUCCAUGUUUGGUAAUUAUCAUGAAUGUCUUGGUGUCCGAGUAAUGGAAGAAGAUGAUGAAGAUGUUUUCGAUGAUGAGGAAGAAGAUAAGGAAGAAGGUUCCGAAGAUUCCAAUCAGAGUAAGGAGUUUUUCCGAGGUAAAUAUUGUAUCCUCGAGUUUAAGCCUUGGUUACCCAAGAAGCCGCCGUUUUAUGGGAUGAAGACCAAACUAAAGGCUUUGGAAAGGCCCAAGAAAGAUGACACAGUUAUGAAAGAUGUCGCCGAUUUGGCAGUUUUUCUUAAUUUUGUCUCAAUGAGAAUGGACCUUUGUGUCCCCUCUUUGUGCUCUCGAAAUGAUAUUCAAAAAGUGGUUGGUUUAAUUGGUAGACUGAUUGAUGUUCGUGGUAAAGUGGUUCGAUGUGAAGUUGAUGAAGAUCCAUUGACUCAAAUAACCAAUCCUCAAGUCGCUGCAUUGAUCAUUUUGGUUCUACUAUUUUUCCUCUUCGCGACAUUAACUGUCGUCGGCUUGUGUACUGGACUAUUUAAGAACCACGGGUCAAUAGUUAAUUACCUUCGCUCAUUAACCUGGACAACCGCUUGGUCUGAAUUGAUGAGCGAAUCAAGCUUCGAAUCGAAAAGUCGAACUUCCGUUCUUUAUGGACUUCGAACUAUCAUCAUGUUCUGGAUAAUAAUGGUUCACACAGCGAUUGAGGUCAAUUUCCAAUUUUUCCGUGAUGUUUUAUGGAUUAGAGAUGUUGCCCUCUCUUGGCCAGCACAGUUCUUAACCAAAUCGUCUUACAAUUUCGAUAUGUUCAUAGCGAUCUCCGCUUUUACCAUGGCUUAUACGAUUGGCUCAUCGAAUGCACUGAAAUCGGUUAAAUUUAUCGCUCGUAAAUACCUCAGGAUAACACCAAUUGUAAUGAUCGCCGUUGGUUGGUUAACCAUUUUACCUUUGGGAAAGAAAAUUUAUCGAGGUGGACCAACAUGGGGCGACUUUGUACCAAAGGCAUCGGCAAACUGUGCCAAUAACGGACUUUUCAACCUUUUGUACAUUCAAAAUUUCCUCGACCCGGCUUCGAUGUGCCUAAAAAAUACCUGGAUUUUUGCCGUUGAAAUGCAAUUAUACUUAAUUUUCAUUCCACUUCUUUUAUUGGUCCGAAAAACUUCACGAGCCAGUCUGAUGGUUCUAUUGACCAUCAUCUCAGCCAUUGGUUUCCUUUGUAAUCUGUUGACCGUUUACAAUUACGAGUUACCACCUCACCUUAUCUGGACUUUACCUGAUCCCCAACAGCGAGAUUAUUAUUAUAAAGUACAUUAUUUCAAACCCUGGACACAUCUUUCCGUUUUCGCAAUCGGAAUAGGUGCUGGUCAUUUAUGUAGUAGCCGAAAUAAGAAAACUUCUUCCUCAUCUUCUAAUACAAACUCACCAACCUCAUCUUCAUCCCAUUCAUCAUCUUUACCCUAUGGAAUCGGAGUUAGCUCCUUCCUCUUCUGGUGUGCCAGUCUUGUCACCAUUUUUUGCCUCAUCUUCAUGUACCACACUUGGGUGCUUGGUGAUCUUCCCGCUCCCCUUAUCUCCGGAAUAUAUGAUGGUGCCCAUAGAAUUUUAAUCGCUCUCGCCUUUAGUUACAUUAUAUAUUCACUUGUUUGUCUUGCUGAAGAUGCACCCGAUUCUUGCCUUGUUCAGCUACUUGGCAGUAGAUUCUUAAUUACCACUGGACGAUUAACCUUAAUUGCUUAUACAAUCCAUCCAAUUAUACAAUUUAUUUUCCUUGGCACUCAAUCAUCACAACUAUUUAGUGGUCCAAUUGUUGCUCUUUAUGUUGUUAUGGGUAACAUUAUGAUGACCUAUGUCCACUCGUUUAUCAUUUCAAUUCUGUUUGAGAUUCCAAUUGCCACCGGAUUAAGGGCAAGAACAAUGUCCUCCAAGGGUCCAUCUAAUUCAUUUGAUUUUACAUCAAAAACUGAGAAACAGCAAUCAACAGUUAGCGGAAUAAUUAACAACAAUAAAUCAAGUACAAUUACAAUGGUCAGUUCGAUAAACGGUGACAUUGAACUGUCCAAAUCAAACUUUGAGCGACAUUAAGUUUUCAAAUCAAUUUCAUUUAAUCAACAAAACGAAUGCAAAAAUAAAAUAUAACAAUUUGCAUAAAGGAAAACCUAAAAUCAACUCAUUUUAAUGUUAAUUGUAAACAACAAUUUAAAAUCAAAACCAAUUGAUUGUUCAUCAAUACUUUUCUUAAUAGAUAAUCCUUUCCAAAGGGAUUACCAGUUAUUACUUUUUUUUUGUCUUAAACCGGAAAAUACAAAACAAUAAACUAAACGGUGAUCUUGA